UUCCGUUUUCUGGCGGGGUUCUGUCUUUUCAUGGUGUCAAAACUAUAUUAUGGGAUGGACGGGAUGGGAUGGAGCGCUUUCCCAGCCCAACCACGACGAGAGCAUAACGUUCGCAUAUUUGUGGGCUCGGAUGCAGCUGCAUCCACUCAACGGCAGUGUUUCAGCGCAGCCAGUCAGUCCGCCCGCCUCAGCCCGUGGAGGAUGCUGUAGAGGAUGCUGCCGGCGGAUCCAGACGCUCAGCCCGAGCCGUUCAGCGGGAGGUCUGUCGCCGAAAUGAGCCGGACUGCGACCGAGACUCGGAUCGGCAUGAAGUAAACGCUUCAAGAACAAAGCCAACAACUCUCCUCCUCGAUCGCCUCAGUUUCAACUUAACACCGGAGCAUGGGAGUCGUCCGCGCGGAUGCAGCUGGACGCCGGCUGCAGAAGUUGGACAGACGCACAUUUUAAUACCAUGACUUGUGUCUUUGGACAGCAUUUCCAGCGCAGUGCAGACGGCGUGCAGUACUUUAGAAACCAAAGGGUGGACUUGUCCUUUCUUGCACAUUAUGCGUCUCUGGGGGGGUGUUAUCUGAUCAACAUGUGGCACCUAAAUAAUCACCUUUAGUGCGUCAGGGACAUGGAAGAACAUUGAUCUCCGAAGAACCCAUGGGUGCCACUUUUUAUUCACGGUAAUGGAAUGAAGACACGGUCGCGCUAUGAUGGAUGAUAGAUCCAGCAAGCUCAUCUUGGUCCCUGUUUUAGCUGUGCUUUUUGUUAUGAUAGGUUACCAGUACAUUUGUCCCGCUGGCAGCAAUUCGUGCCACUUUAAGACUGGGGAGAAACUGAGGGGGGUGAGCCUCCUUUCCACCCAGUACCAGGAAAGCGAUGACUUCUACAGGGAUCAAGACCUGGACGACGACACCCCCCCGAAGCUGCCCUCCAAAUUCAACUUCACGGAAAGAGACCUCGACCGACACGUGGAGUUCAACAUCAAAGCGGACGACGUGAUAGUGUUUCUGCACAUCCAGAAAACCGGCGGCACCACUUUCGGCCGGCACCUGGUGAGGAAUAUUCGCUUGGAGCAGCCGUGCGACUGCAAGCCGGGCCAGAAGAAAUGCACGUGCCACCGGCCGGGGAAGGAGGAGUCCUGGCUCUUCUCCCGGUUCUCGACGGGCUGGAGCUGCGGACUGCACGCCGACUGGACCGAGCUAACGAACUGUGUUCCCGUCCUCAUGGACAAGAAGGAGGCGCAGCGGAAUAAAAGGAACUUCUACUACAUCACCAUGCUGCGCGACCCCGUCUCCCGCUACCUGAGCGAGUGGAAGCACGUGCAGCGCGGCGCCACCUGGAAGACCGCCCUGCACAUGUGCGACGGGCGCUCGCCCACGCAGGACGAGCUGCCCACCUGCUACAGCGGCGACGACUGGUCCGGCGUCACCUUGACGGAGUUCAUGAACUGCGCGUCCAACCUGGCCAACAACCGCCAGGUGCGCAUGCUCGCCGACCUGAGCCUGGUGGGCUGCUACAACCUGUCGUCCAUGAACGAGAGCCAGCGCAACCACAUCCUCCUGAGCAGCGCCAUGAGCAACCUGAAGAACAUGGCCUUCUACGGCCUCACGGAGUUCCAGCGCAAGACGCAGUACCUGUUCGAGCGGACGUUCGUCCUGCGCUUCAUCGCCGCGUUCACGCAGAUCAACAGCACGCGCGCCGCCAACGUGGACCUGAGCGAGCCCAUGCGCCGACGCAUCGAGGAGCUCAACUUCCUGGACGUGCAGCUGUACGAGUACGCCAAGGACCUGUUCCUGCAGCGGUUCCAGUUCACCCGCCAGAAGGAGCGCCAGGAGGUGCGCCUGCGGAGGCGCGAGGAGCGGCGCUGGCUGCGGGAGCAGGGGAGGCCGUGGCCGCCCAGACACAGGGGGGGGAGGGGCGGAGGGUGGACGGAGAAAGGGACCGAUGGAGACUUCCCCGCCACCACGGAGGACUACACGAGCCAGGUGGCGCGCUGGUGACGCUUCGGUGUG